AUGUCGGAUUUAGGUCUGUUGCAUCACUUCUUAGGGCUUGGAGUAAUUCAAACAGAAGACUGCAUCUUUCUGAAUCAAAAGAAAUAUGCAAGAACCUUGCUGGAGAAGUUUGGAUUGAAGGAUUGCAAGUAUGUUGCAAUUCCACUUGUAGCAGAUGAAAAGUUAAGCAAAGUUGAUGCAAGUGAGAUGGCUGAUGAAAGUCUUUAUAGGAAGAUGGUUGGUAGUCUGUUAUACUUAAUAGCUACAAGACCUGAUAUAAUGUUUGCUGCAAGUUUCCUAGCUCAAUUCAUGCACAAUCCAACCAGAAAGCACAUGGGAACCACAAAGAGGGUGUUGAGAUAUAUACAAGGAACACUGGACUAUGGAAUUGCAUAUGAGAAAGGCAAAGAUGAUGUGCUUAUUGGCUAUUAUGAUAGUGACUGGAGGAAGUGA